ACAGCUUGUUCCAACGUUUUAGGACAUGUCUCUCAACCAAGGUCCAUAUUAGAGUAUGUUUGGAGGGGCGGAGAAAACAUGGGACAAGACAUAAAUUUUGUCUUGUCCCAUUAUAUCCCACGUUUGCGAUGCUUAGAGGAUGGGAUACCCUAACUUGAAGAUGCCACAAAAGGAUUCAAGGAAGAACUGGGAAAGGGUGCCUUUGGAACUGUUUAUAAAGGAGAACUGUCCAGGAAUUAUGUUGCCGUCAAGAAACUAGAAAAGGUUAUUCAGGAAGGGAAGAAGGAGUUCAAGACGGAAGUGAAGGUGAUUGGACAUACUCACCACCAGAAUCUGGUCAGAUUGCUUGGAUACUGCAAUGAGGAGGAGAACCGGCUUCUUGUGUAUGAGUUGAUGCAGAACGGAUCUCUGGCGAGCUUCCUAUUUGGAGUUCUGAGGCCUAGCUGGAAACAGAGAUUACAGAUUGCAUCCGGAAUUGCCAGAGGACUAACAUAUCUGCAUGAAGAAUGCAGCACUCAGAUCAUUCACUGUGACAUAAAGCCUCAGAACAUUCUCCUGGAUGACUCUUUCACAGCAAAAAUCUCAGAUUUUGGAUUGGCAAAACUUUUGAUUAACAGCAAGAGCCAAACGCUGACAGGCAUCAGGGGGACGAAAGGGUAUGCGGCGCCAGAGUGGUUCAGGAGUACCCCUAUCACGGUGAAGGUAGAUGUGUAUAGCUUUGGAGUUAUGUUGCUAGAGAUCAUUUGUUGCAGAAGAUGUGUUGAGCUUGAGAUGGAGGAGGCAGCAAUCCUGACAGAAUGGGCAUACAACUGCUACAGCCAAGGGAAUCUGGGGAAGUUGGUGGAAAAUGAUGAAGAAGCAAGAAAUGAUAUGGGGAGGAUGGAGAUGCUGGUGAAGGUGGCAAUGUGGUGUGUGCAAGAUGAGCCAUCACAAAGGCCUAAAAUGAGAACAGUUACCAUGAUGCUUGAAGGUGCUCUCCUUGUCCCUGCUCCUCCAUGUCCUUUCCCAUAUAGUUUAAAGCCUCAAGGUUCAUCCAACAUAAACCCCGAGUUUCCAUGAAUGAAAAUUGUAAAUAAUAUAGGCAGUUCUUUUAUCACUAUAUACCUACAUGUGACUUCCAAGUAAAGGUAGCUUCUGGCUUUUUUAGCUUUUCAUGCUCUUGCUCAGCAAAACUGUUAAAUGCUCAAAGGUAGAAUGGCAUUUGCAAUAUAACUCUAUGUUAGUG